CGUAGACCAUUUCAUUUUUGAAACAAAAUGAGUGUGUUGAAUGUAGUUAGGAGUUUAGAACUACUCGAUCAGAUUAUUCCUAAAUAGGUUUUGGUAUUACCAACAUACUUUGCUUUGAAUGACAAAUGCACUCGAGCUAAAGGCUAAAAGAAGCAUAAUUGAUUCAUGCUAACUGCUCUUAGUAAUUGAAUGAGAUCCGUGGUUUUAGGUGGGUUAUGAACAUACCAGUUAGGAUAUUAUGAUCAUGCACUUCUGGUUCUUUUGUUUUACUUUUUGGUGGUUUACAGCGACAUGAUCGGUUCUCGACUCCUUUAUUCUUCAACUACAUAUUAUUCUCCUUCAUGCAGUUGUGGUGCUUGCGGAUAUGACCUAAACCUGAACUCCUCUACUCGCAACACUUCCACUAUUGGUUCGAAAUAUGGAAAAUCAAUGAAGAAAGGGAUCAUAUCAUUCCUCUACAUUGAUGAGAGCAGAUUUACUCAGGCUGACGAGUUCCAAUGUGUACCAUCCUUCAUCUCCAAGCACUUGCGUGGUUUGUUCCGCCGCAGAACCAAACUUUUGUGUCGGAAGUGUGGUAACCAUAUUGGAAAUGCUUAUGAUGAUGAUACAUCUUACCCACUUGUAACAGACGGAUCAGAUUCAGCCUCGGGCAGUGAAAUCUCUACUCACAGAAAAUAUGAUGUCAGAAUCCGCGCCUUGCAACCUUCCUCUUCUGUGGAAUCUGGCCUUCCACUCGCCGUGUAA